AUGGGUGGGGCUCAGACAAGGGAGGAUGCGGUGCGGUACUUCACCGGAGUUGCGUGCGCCAAGGCAGACCCGGAUGAGAAGGAGUUCACCGAGCGUCUGCUUCUCUACAAGAAGGAGAUCUGCUCGGGGGCGGAAUACUACGGGGCAGCACUGCCGGUUCUACGGGAGUUAAUACCAAUGUGUGUAAAGACGCAACGGGUGCGGUGGCUUUUUCGCUUUUGCCUGCAACAGCUCGAGCACGCCUUGUGCAACUACAACCAGGGUCACAGUGAUGCGUUCAUUGCUGUGCUGCACAUUACGGAGUUUGUCAUUCGUUACGCCCACCAGGUCUCCCGCGGGGACGUCACACUGCUGUUGGACAUUGUGAUGGGGGAGGGGUCAGGUGACGCAAAGAGCUUUACGACCGCGCAGUGGGCCACAACAGAGGCACACAAACUCUGCUGUGCGCUGAUGGAGUAUUGCGUCUCCGUGCCGGUGGCCUACGCGACGGCGGAGGCCCACAACGAGGUGGUGAGCCUCCUAUUGUCUAUGACCUCCUCCGCGCUCUACCACAACACAGCCUUUGAUGGAACACACAUGGACAUGUUUACAGAGAUAGUAAUGUCAUCUGAUGGACUGUCGGCAUUUAUCUUGAUCCUACUAAGGCGAUUAGUGGAGUGGGGCUCCGGCCGUCUUUCAUCUUCCCCUUUUUUGUACCGUGACGGCCAUCGUCCAUCGCUGCGAAACAUGUACAAUGUGUUUGGCGGCAGAAAGGGUGACAAAUCCAUUAGUUGCGGUGACAGUUUGGGACGACACUGCGCUCAACUCCUGGCCGUGCUUGUGGCAUACCUAAAGGGCAGUGAAGAAAAUUCCGCCCUGGAGUGUGUGAAGAAAAUUGAGGAUGGCGAACCUGUGCCAUUUAACGCGCUUUUGACUGCCAUGGUUAACCGGCUACAGGUAUGCCCGUCACUCUGUAUUGUGUUGUACGUUCUCUUCUACGAUCAUCCCACCUUCUCGCACACCACCUUGACGCUCUACGCGAAGGAGGUUUUGGACGUCGUACAAGAAGUUCUGCAUCUGAGCUACAUGGCGUCAACUGAGGCUGAGAAAGGGAGCGUGGCUGGUAUUAGGACUGCCGCGGCAACGAACCCCACCAAUACUACCUCUGAAGUCUGUCAGGUUCACAUUUCCGGAGAAGGACAGACACCGGAGUCGAUUGACAAGCUGAUGAAGGAUAUGACACACUUUUCGUACCCCUUUAUUGGGUUUAUGACCAGCACGUUGAUGCUGCUCUUUUCCCAAGACCAAGUGCUUAACCGGAAUAUGAGCGACACAGUUAUUGAGCCUCGUUUUAAGCCAGGACGAUGUAGCGGCAAAAUGCCGAUUAGCUCCCUGUGUAUUGUGGUUCUUGCCCACGGCAUUGCCAAGGCAAUGAACGAGCAGAAUGAGCCGUUGGCAUCCGUGUUUAUUCCUACAUUAUCCAAUUUGGCGCCCUUUAUUCACGACAUGGAUACCUAUGCCUCCCAGCAGUUGAUACGGUUGCUUAAUUUGAUACUUAGAAAGCUGCGACGUUGCGUGGAGCCUCCCCAACUAGACGAGAAUGAGCUUACUUGCACCACAAACAGCGUUUCUAGAGACAGCAUGGUGGGGAGCAAGGAAGAUGCCACGGCGCAAAUGUUUCUCCGUCAGCUGACCUCCUUGGUAGAGGUGGUGGAGGCAAUAAUUCAAGGCGAGGAUAGGCAGAACGACGCGCUCGUGUAUGAGCUUUUGUACAGCCGUGCAAAUCUAGAGGCGAGGUUGGCGGCGGACAGCCCAUGCCCACAUAUUGCAGCCGCACACAAGGCGUUGCUGCCGCUGUUUUGCAUCGCGGACUAUUAUGAAACGGAGUUGGCAAGUGUCACCUCGGCGGGGUCGUAUCAAGACAUCUUGGCCGUCAUUCGGCGUGCGACACGGGAGAACACGGGCUCAGCAUCUUUUUUAAAGAAUGUUUCCCACACGGCGUCCCCCAGCAGGUCAUCUGGGCCAGCACCGUGGCAACCGCGUGAGAUCCUUUACGUCUACGAGGAGUCGACACACAGCUACGACUUCUUUGGCCCCUUUGUCUGGUCGACGCUGCUGUGCGACGGCGUUUAUCCGGGUGGUUUGCUGUGGGCCACCGACAUCACCGCGCUAGAGAUGUUCCCUCAGUAA